AGCCAAACGAUAAUCGCUUUAAAGUCUUGAAUGUCGUGUUUCGUUUUACGUGAACACGAUUGAAUAAAAAGUGACUUAGAUAACAGGUGUUGAAUGAACACGACAGUGAAUAUGCAGGAUGUUAAUCAAGUGGAAUGGUAUCAUCUGGAUCUGGAUGAUAAUUCAAACCUGCUCAUGUCACAGAAUGAAUACGACAGGUUUCGGUUGGAAUUACUUCAGGAAGACUCGGAUGCUCAAUAUACUGACACUGAGGAUGAAUUCGUCCGAUAUCCAAGCUACGCUGCAACUCCUAUUCAUACUGUUGUUUCAGCUCCACCCACUAGUCCAUUCACUCAUUCCACUACUACAGCUUCUAUUGCUUCAACUAGCUCUGUUAUCACUACUAUCAAUCCUACUUUCAAUACUAUUAGCAACACUGCAAUAGAUUCAAAUCCAUCAACUUUUAUACAACCUAAACUAUCCACUCCUCGGCUUAACACUGAUGGCCAUGUCAAGGUUUUACUUCCUAGUCCAACUAUUCACUCCACUUCUUCAAAAGAAAGUCUUCAUUUGGAAACUGACGAUGUCAUGCUUAGAGAUACAAUGGAUGACGACAAUUUAGAACACUAUUCAAUGGGACUCAAACUUCGUGAAAAGCUUAUUGAUGAUCUUAAAAAGGAGAAUUUCGGAUUGAAGAUGCGAUGCUACUUUCUCACUGAAAACCUCGAAAAACUCUCGCCUGAAGGACUAAAAGAAAUCAUCAACGAGCAUGCUGAACUCAAAGCAAUCAUGGAAGAUAUGCGCUUAGAAGAACGGAUUCUUGGCCAACAAAAAACUCAUUUACACAAGUCUGUGCCAACUGCAAUCACUUGUGACGCUGCUUGUGAUCCUAUCGCUGAAAUUAUUGAACUACACACCCAAAAAGAAAUCAAAGAUACGGUUGAACAACUCGAGUCUAUGUUAACAGCAAAGACUGAAGAAACUGAUAUUGCAGUUUCUAAAUUAAAUCAACUCACCCAAGAAAUAUCUAUAAUCGAGACUAAACACGCCAAAGAUCGUCUACAAUGGGAAGCUAAAACAGAAAAACUAAAUCAGAAACUUACUUUAGUGCGUGCUAAAAUCAACCAAGAGCGUGAGACUCACAUUCAAACCGUCAAACAGCUUGAAUCUAUUCAGCAACAUUCCUCUCUUCAACAACCCACACCUACUUCAACAUCUGAUGAAUCCAAACGCGAAGCUCGGUAUGUCACUGAAAACGAAGAGUUGAAAUCUCAAGUGAUUCUUUACAAGCAAAAGGUGGACGAGUACCAAGCCAUUUCUGCUUGCAAUGCGGAUGACAUGGUGUUUCUUCAAAAUGAACUGGAAAGACAAACUGCAAAAGUGCGUGAAUUGGAGGAAAAGUUUCAUAUGGAGGCGGAACAAGCAAAAAACAAGAAACGAGCUCCUGAAUUAUCUCUUCAAGAACUAUCUAAUGAAACACUUCGUCUACGGAUUCAAACAUUGGUUGCAACAAAACAAGAUACAACAAAAAUCACUCAAACCGUAGAUAAACUUGUACGGGCUUUGCCAUUGAACGACUCACAGGAUGCGAACCGAUUACGGUAUAUCACUGAAUUGAAGCAACGAAAUCUUUUGCUAGUUCAGGUCAAUCAGCGAUUUGAUUCUAUUUUGGCAGAUAGUCAUUUGAGUCCACAGGCUAUCAAGAGUUUUUCGGAUCUUAAAGUAGCCAUUCACGAAAAACUUGAACUUUUGAAAACGCAUUAUGAAUCACUACAACAACUCAAUAUUGAAAAACGGUUGUGGAAAACAAAAAUGUCUGCUAUGGAGGUCAAGUUGGCUCGUGCCAACCAUGGCGAAAAUCAUAAUGAGCCUGAUGUUCAAGAUAACCAAUCGAACAAUGGUCAAGUCUAUACUACAUCUGAAAAUGAAGUUUUAAAGAAGCAGAUUAAAGAAUUGCAGGCAAAGCUUGAACGUGCUAGACAAAAUGUUCGUACUGAGCGACAAAGUGCACAACGUCGCGUGGAAGAGUUCACAGCUACAAAUCGCCAACUUGAAAAUGAGUUGCUGCAGUGUUCAAAAACAAUUGUAGCUUUAAAGGGUGGCCAUAAUUUGGGAGAGGCCAAUCCUACAUUUAUGAAUAGUCCAACCAAAGCAAAGCUCGCACGGCUUAACGAUCAACUCAGAACUGAUUUGGGUGAUCAGAUUGCAGAUGGAAGCGCCAUGCGAGAACAACUUCGUAGAGCCAAAGUGCAGUAUGCACGGACUGUAGCUGACCAUGAAUCGCUAAAAAGCAUUUUACUACAAAACGAAAUAUCUGUAGUCAAUGCAUUGUCAAAACUUGCAUCUGUUCAAGAUAGACACAUGUCUGACCCGGUUGUGAUCAAACAGGUGGCAGAUCAAGUUCGUCAUAUUUUAAAGUCGUUGCGUUUUAAAUGAACAUAUCAAGUUGCUUUCAAUCCCG